ACAAAACCCUGAAACUUCUUCAACAUGCAGUAGGUGUGAUAGUAGCAUUUAUCAUCCUGUGAUCUCUUUCCCUGUUUUCAGUGCCAAACCAUAGUAUUAGGGGAAAAUUCUAACAGAGCUAUCAUCUCCAUUGUAAACAUCAUUUCAGUUUUCAUCAGUCUGAAAACCAGGCUGAUGCAGACACCCAACUUCUAGCAACACUGCUCAGAAGAGAUCAACAGCUGAAUGUGCUUCUCUCAUGCUGAGGCUUCCUAGCACAAGUUGGUCUUCAGUUCUGCUUCCCUUUUGUUCUCCCCUUCCUGGAUGCGUUUCUAGCAAUACUCUGGCUACUCAUAGAUGUUGCUGGGUAGCUGGAAGUCUUGGUGCCAGGCUGUGGAUGCUACGCCACCUGCCCGCAGCUAGCAGUGGCAUCUGUAGCUCUGGGAUGGCUUUUCAUAGAGACCCUUGGCUCUUCCCUGCUGGAACUGCUCUAGCAGCUCUGAAAUUCCUCAGCAACCUGAUAUGGUGUCUCCUUGUGACCGAUAGGCUGUAGUGUUUAUCAGAAUGCCAUUUUGCUUUGAUUUACCCUGGGUUAUAAACGGUCACUUCCUCUUAGAUUCUGUGCAAAUGAAGCCCAAUGCAAGUAACAUAAAGUUUACAUUAAGUCUCUUGUCUUUGCUUUAUUCAUGGAAAAGUAACUUCAGAAGUUGAGUUACUGGUUUCUCUGAUUGGCAGCUUUACACAAGUGCAUUGUAGCUCGUGUUUACAAGCUGCAGAGCUAGCUUUCCUUCACUUCGAGCAUUGCGCUUCAUUGAAAUAGAAUACGUUAAACCCCAAAAUGUCCUUUUGCACCACCUAACAAAGAGAAGAGCAUAUUUGUAACUUUGGCUAGUUGUUGCUCUUUUUUCUCUUUGAAGGUGUGUAUUGAAAUGAUGGUGAAGUGCAGUCUGACAUGAUAUAUAACGAUUUUUAAGCAACAUACAGAAUACUGGAAACUUUUGCAAGGAAAGAAGUAUCCAGAUAAACAUUGAAGAAAAACUACUAGUGUGAAAGAGAUUAUCAUAGCAUGCUUAUUAUUUGCUCAAAUAAGCAAAGAAGAAGGAAAAAGGAAUGUGGGGGGUGAGAGAAGAUCUCUAAGGAAACUAUUAUUCUUACAGAUGGAAAUAAUAUAGCAGUUUAUUCUAAAUUUGCAAUCAGUUAUAUUUAUUUAGGCUUGUUUAAUCACACUGGCAUAAUUUCCUUUAAAGAAUUUGCAAUAGUGUCUUCCAUUUUUAAUGAACUUUAAUAUUAAUUUUGUUACAUUUAAUCUUUUGCCCUUGUAUCAGAGCUCUGAACCUUGGUGUGAAAACUCUGUGCUGUGAACUUUUAGAACAUUCCCUUUCCAAAAAAUUUCUUCAGGAAGCGUGACCUCGUUGUACUGUUUGUCUGAGAAAAGAUACAGCAAGUAUCCCCCUCCCUGGCAUGACUUCUGGUCCUGUGAUUGUUCGUGGCUGGAGGAGAAGAGCGGUUUUGCUAAGGAACUAGUUCAGGAGAGGGGGAUGCUGAUUUGUGUGUUUCAUUUCCUCCUGACUCUUCAGCUGACCGGGCGCUGGGUUCAGCUGUGUGUGUGGGACAGGGGAGCUAUAACCCAACCCUGACAGUGGAAAAGAUGCUCUGCCGAGAUUUCUUCCCCUGUAAAGCCAUCUGUGGAAAAGAACAAAAAAAGAAAAGAAAAAAUGAAGUGUGUAUUCUUAAUAUUUUUCAUGAAUUUAUUAUCACUGUAUGCUGGGAAGUCUUUGAGAAGAGGUAGCAGUUGCCCAAAGACAUAUGAAGACAUUAAAAAUGAGAUAGCUGGCUAUACUGAUAUUGCUAAAGCUAUUAUUGAUCUUGCUGUUCAUGGAAAAGCUCAGAAUAGAUCCUAUGAAAGAUUAGCAGUUUUUGCUGAUGCCAUAGGACCUAGACUAAGUGGUAUGAAAAAUCUAGAUGCAGCCAUCAAGUAUAUGUUCAGUGCCUUGCGGGAAGACGGGCUGGAAAAUGUACAUCUGGAGCCUGUGAAAGUACCACACUGGGAAAGAGGAGAAGAGUUUGCAAUGAUGUUGGAACCAAGGAAUCACAGCAUUGCUAUUUUGGGUCUUGGGAACAGUGUUGGAACUCCUCCAGAAGGAAUUACAGCGGAAGUUAUAGUGGUAGCUUCUUUUGAUGAACUUCACAAAAGAGCUCAGGAGGCCAAGGGGAAGAUUGUUGUCUACAACGAACCUUUCAUCAGUUAUGGUGAAACUGUGCGAUACAGAUCACAAGGAGCAGUUGAGGCUGCUAAAGUCGGAGCAGUCGCAUCACUCAUUAGAUCCAUUGCAUCUUUUUCUAUUCAUAGCCCACAUACUGGGUGGCAGUAUUACCAGCCUGGUGUGCCCCAGAUUCCCACUGCCUGCAUCUCUGUGGAAGAUGCUGAAAUGAUGUCACGAAUGUCUCUCCGGGGCAUUAAGAUCAUUGUGCACCUGAAGAUGGGGGCUAAGACCUAUCCAGAUGCUCCUUCCUUCAACACUGUGGCAGAGAUAGUUGGAAGCAAGUACCCAGAGCAGAUUGUAUUGGUGAGUGGACAUCUGGACAGCUGGGACGUUGGGCAGGGAGCUAUGGAUGACGGUGGUGGAGCGUUUAUAUCAUGGGAAGCAUUAUCACUCAUUAAGGAUCUGGGACUUCACCCCAAAAGGACUCUCCGUUUGGUGCUAUGGACGGGAGAAGAGCAGGGAGGAAUAGGUGCUGAACAAUAUUAUCAGUUGCACAAGGAAAAUAUCUCCAACUUUGAUAUCGUCAUGGAGUCUGAUGAGGGCACCUUCCAGCCAUCUGGACUGGGUUUUACUGGCAGUGCUAAAGCUCGGGAGAUCAUGAAAGAGAUCAUGACUCUGCUGCAGCCCAUCAAUGUUACAGAUGUUUAUGACAACGCAGAUGGAACAGACAUUGAUUACUGGAUGAGAGACGGGGUGCCCGGUGCCAGCUUGCGUGAUGACCUCAGUAAAUACUUCUGGUUUCAUCAUUCUCAAGGGGACACAAUGACAGUUCAGGAUCCAAACCAGAUGAAUCUCUGUGCUGCUGUUUGGACUGUUGUCUCCUAUGUAAUUGCUGACAUGGAGGAGAUGUUGCCAAGGUAAUAAAACAGCAAGAAAGAAGAUUUCUGUUCUUCAGUAAAGAUUGCAAGUCCAUUAAUGCAUGUGGUCUACAGCUGUGGGAAAUUCUGUUUUUCACCCUGGUUUUGUCUGUUAUUAUGUCUUUUUUCCUCAAAGCACAUGCUCUUUUACACAUUCCUGUUUCUUUUUGCUGUUUUGAUGUCUUCCAUUUGCGAUUUUCACUUAAAAUGUCUUCUUUUAGGUACUUUUAAAUUUCUGGGGAAGGUAUAACUCUUUGACAGUGAUAUAAUAACUAUAUAUAUGCAAAGUGAUCUUAUGCAGCAGGAAAAAUAUACCAAAUAAAUUUGUUGCAUCAGAAUAAUUAA